GCGACUCAACCUUCUCAGUUGCCUUUAAUCACGAACUGUAUAAUUCCCGCUCAACCAUCAAAAAUGUCUACCUCAAACCAACAACCAAGUACAGCGCUUUUAUUAAUCGACAUCCAAGAUGGCUUCACACAUCCAACUCACUGGGGACCCUCCCGCAGCAAUCCUUCAUUCGAAGCGAAUAUCAAAUCUCUUCUCCCUAUUUAUCGCGAGCUUAUAUCCUCCACAACCUCCCGAACCCAAACUUCACCCCACAAAAUCAUUCAUGUCGCCCACGCCUCGAAAUCGGCGCAAUCUACCCUCCACCCCUCAAAGCCGGGAUUCGCCUUCCAAUCCUUCGCCACCCCUUUGCCUGACGAACUCGUGAUAGCGAAGAACGUGAACUCCGCAUUCAUAGGCACGGAUUUGGAAAACUUGUUAAGACAGCAUUUCGACGGGGCACCAGGAACGCUUUGGGUAGUAGGGUUGACAACAGAUCACUGUGUGAGCACAUCGGUGAGGAUGGCCGGGAACCUAGGAGUUUGUGAUGGUCUAAAUGGUGAGAAGGGAGAUGUCAUUUUGGUGGAAAAUGCUACAGCUUGUUGGAAGAAGAGUGAGGAUACUCUAUUUGAUGCGGAAAUGAUUCACGCAGUGCAUGUAGAUAGUUUGAAAGAGUUCGCUAACAUUGCGAAGACUGGGGAGGUUGAAAAAUUGUGGAAGGAGUGGAUUUCCGAUGCUAAUCAAAGAAGUUGAAUGAAGGGUGACGAUAUGAGGAGGACCACAUUUCUCUCUGAUUGUCUGUGACUGUGUUGGUGGUUCAGUUUGUCUUACGUAGCGUGUUUCCUAGAGGUAGCGAAUGGAAAAGGGGGGAGAUCGAAGCACGUGAAGCGGGUAAUGGUUCCCCGAACGAUAUUACACGAUCAUGAAAAGAAGUUGGGUGCGAAUUUCUCUCAACUGUAUUUACGUAUUUAAUCAUAGCUCCUAUAACGAAUGGCGAUAAAUUCAC